ACGGCGACGUUCGAGACGCCGCAGGUGGCGUUCGCGUACGAGCGAGGGUGGCGCGAUAGCUUUAAGCGCGCUGGGUUUCCGGGGCCGGAUGAGGAGGCGCGGUUGGCCGUGGACGCGCUCGGGGAGUUCGCGAAGGGCGGCAUCGUCGUCGACGCGUCGUGCGGCAGCGGGUUGUUUACGAGACGGUUUUUGAAGACGUACAAGGGUCGUUCAAAGGCGUACAAGGGCGUGGUGGCGCUCGACUACUCCGACGCCAUGCUGCGACAAGCGAAGCAAUACAUGGAGGAUGAAAACUUACUCGGCGACGCGGACGUGUGCUUCGUGCGCGCGGACAUCGCGCGGUUACCGUUUCCAGAAGGCUCGCUGGACGGCGUGCACGCGGGCGCCGCCAUCCACUGCUGGCCGGAUGCCAAGACGGGCGUGGCCGAGAUCGCGCGCGUGCUUAAACCAGGCGCGACGUUCUGUGGAACGACGUUCAUGAAUCCGCAAGUGCCGUUCUUCGACGAGGACCAGCAGGCCAUUUUCGACAACGCCGUUCGAGAAUUCUCGGGCACGGUGAACGCCGAGCGCGGGUUCAGAUGGUGGUCCAAGAAGGAACUCCGAGACCUGUGCACCGAAUGCGGACUCGUCGAUUUUAAGUGCGAGAUUCGCAAUCAGUUUAUCUUUUACAGCGCGAAGAAG